ACGCACGGAUCAUGAUGCAUCAGCAUUACAUCCAAGACAACCAUCGAGGCCCUCCGUUCGACAGACAUCAAGCGAUGCAAGCAGCCAGGCAUCUACUUCACGUCCUACGACUACGGCGAAACCUCCUCCAACAAAGAAGAAACAGUCGCUUUACGAUAUGUUGCGCGCCGAAAACUUUACAGAUCCCUUAUUAGGGUAUCGGCAUGCGCAACGUAAACCCAAUUAA